AUGCCGAAGAAAAGGAACCACAUAAAGUCCUUCAAGCCAAUCUCAACGGCCUCGCCGUCUUCGUCAAGAUCGACUGAUACCUCUGAAAAGCCCUCCCGAACCGUCAAUGACCUGCUAGCAAACCUACGUCGUACCUCGAUCAACCCCUCCGCCGCCUCCCAGUCAGCCCUGCCUGCGACUGCUCCAAGCGUACCCCCGGCCAUCAGAGAGAUCCUCCAGAUCCCAGACACACCGGCCCCCGCUCCUCGUCGUCAAGUCCGUCAAAGGUUCGAUGGCAAUGGCAGGAGACUCCCUGCUGGUCCUCCUCCACCGAGAAGCUGGGUCUCCCGUCAAUCUGCGGAUGCCGCUCGUGAGGCCUCCUCGAGCCAGUCGCGCUUGAGUUCAAGAGGACUGGAAGACACUUGUUUACCAGGCACUUAUUUGCCUUCCCGCGGAAGUUUGAUAGACAUCGUGCUGCAGAAGCUUGCACGCGAGUGGGCUAUCCACCGCGUGUACAAUCAGUACCAUCUGUACUUUGUACCCAACCAUCUGAAGGCUGCCUUGAUCCGCUAUGUUGGAAUAACCAGCCAAGAUGGGCUUUCCUUGAGUGAUCUGAAGAUCAUUCUGCUGCCACCACCAGACACGUCUGACAGGGAUGAGUUGGAUAGUCUAACGGCUUCGAACCUUGAGGUCAACUACCUCGACCUUUCGGGCUCUGCAUGCCGGUCAAUAAGACUAAAGGAUGUCAAUGACUUGCUGUUCCCUGUCAGAGACCAAGAGCCUGCAACAGAACUGCAAGAAUCCUGGGACGUUUCCGAGGCUAUUCCAAGCCCUCCUCGUUCUUUGCUGCCCAACCUCACCCACCUCUCGCUGGCCUUGCACCCCCAGAACGAUUCAUCCGCAUCAUGGAAGCAUCUACUUGCGUUGACUUCAAGACUUACGACACUCACACACUUGAGUUUGGCAUUCUGGCCCGAUCCAUGCCUAACACCACGGUCUCGAAUGGCUACGGUCUCUUCCCCACAGGGACGUCGUAUUCCUUAUGGCGGGACGAACUUGUAUUCGCAUGCGAUUGACCACGAUUGGAGUGAGGCAUUGCUCGUUUUGCGCACACUCAGUAAGAACCUGUAUGCGCUAGAGUUUCUUGACCUUACUGGCUGCUGUUCUUGGUUUCAUGCACUAAUGGCUGAAACCGGCCAUGACUUUGUCAACUGGGCCGACCACUGGGGCAAGAUCACCGAGCUUCGUCUCUACACGGGGUGGACGCCUGGGCCUAACGCGCUGCCGUCCGAGAAAGAGAAAUUCACCGAGGCUGUUCAAACAGCGAGGAAUGUUGAGAAGCACAUUCGAACUAUGAGAGCAGGCAAAGGAAGGUUUAUUGUUGUAGAGCGUGAUAGUUUAGACAAUAUAUAG